GGAAUCGAUAACUCGGCAGUUUCCUCUGGCGAUGACCCGCAUCUGCUGGCUGGCCAGAGAGGCAGCCACUAACUCCCUGAUGUACCUAGUCACGUGGCAGCUGUGGGAGGGGAUUCUGCGGGGGAACCUCCUCACCAACUCCUCAUGCGCCACUCUGUCCUUGCGGCCCGAUACCAUCUACCGAGUACAGGUGGCCUUACUCAGUCCAGGAUCUCACGAAGGCGAAAGUGAGCCUUUAGUUGUAGACACACACCUCGUCCACACUGUGGACUCCAGUGUCCUCUCGAGUCACGUGACCACUCUAGGGCUCGGACAACACGUCACUCUGACACACCACGGACAACACGUCAGUCUGACACAGUCGCCAGACCCAGGGACCCAGCUCGUAGUGGGGGUGGCAGCAGCAGUCAUCGUGUUUCUAGUUUUGACCCUCAGCCUUACCUGGAGGUGGCGCCACCGGCUCUCACUGCCUCACACGAAACUGAUAGACGAAGACUUAGUGACUCCUAAUAUUUAUAGAGUUUACCCACCAGCGAUCAGGCUGGUUGCAGAACGUGCAGAUUCCAGACACAUCUUUUCAGACACAACCAGCCUUCUUCAAGACUAAAUAAACAGGGACUUUCCACGUUUUGACACUCAUCGUUGACAUAUUUAUAUAAAAUUAGCAUAUUAGUACCGAAGAAUCCAAGUCCAUACGUUAGAUCCAAAUCUGUAUAAUGGGUAGCUCCAAUUCAUCCCCUGGAUUAACGUUAAAGUACACAACUAUCGCCU